AUGACUUUUGCCACGUUGACAAUUUUGAGACCUGCAGCAUCACAAUGUUUUUUAAAACAUUUUGUAUUUAUUACUCCAGCUGUGAGUAGCACUGAUUUCCAUUAUGAGGCGAACAACAAGGCUCACCACACCAGCGAGAUUACCGGACAGCGCCUGAUACUGAGGAGAGGGCAGGCCUUUACCAUCACUCUGAAUUUACACAGGGGGUCCCAACCGGAAGUGGACAAGGUGCAGCUGAUUGCAGAAACAGGACCAUCCCCGUCCGAGGCCUCUGGAACUAGAGCAGUGUUCAGAGUGUCCGGUCCUCCAGUCAAGAGCUCAUGGAGCGCAGCUGUGCAGAACAGUUCCUCCUCCUCAGUGACACUGUCUGUCACCUCCCCUGCCAACGCCAGCAUCGGCAAAUACUCCUUAAAGAUACAGACCGCCAAAGGAACUCCCCAGACCUCAGCGCUAGGAGAGUUCAUCCUGCUCUUUAAUCCGUGGUGUGCAGAUGACUCCGUGCACAUGCAGAAAGACAAUGAAAAGCAGGAGUACGUCAUGAACGAACAGGGGCUUCUGUAUAGAGGAUGUGCAGAAAGUUUCUCACCCAGCGGAUGGAAUUUUGGACAGUUUGAAGAAGACAUUGUGGAUAUAUGUCUGAAGCUAUUAGACGUUAGCCCCAACUACAGCAAAAACCCAGGCCUGGACUGUUCAAGAAGGAGCGACCCGACCUACGUGGGCAGGGUAGUGAGUGCAAUGGUUAAUUGCAAUGAUGAUCGGGGGAUUCUCCUGGGACGCUGGGCGAAUGAUUUCCCUGACGGGACUCCUCCAUCCCGAUGGACUGGGAGUGUUGAAAUCCUCCGACAGUGGUCCCUAAACGGCUGCCGACCGGUCAAGUACGGGCAGUGCUGGGUCUACGCUGCAGUGAUGUGCACAGUUAUGAGGUGCCUGGGGAUUCCGACACGCGUGAUCACAAAUUUUGACUCUGCUCAUGACACAGAUGGGAAUUUGACUAUUGAUGAAUACUAUUCCGUCUCUGGCCAGGAGUUGAAAUUAUCCAGUGAUAGCGUAUGGAACUUCCAUGUGUGGGUGGAGUCCUGGAUGGCCCGUCCAGAUUUACCUACCGGAUACGACGGCUGGCAAGUACUGGACCCCACUCCCCAGGAGAAGAGUGAAGGUGUGUAUUGUUGUGGUCCUGCCCCAGUCAAAGCCAUCCUGGAGGGAGACACAGAUAUAAAGCACGACGUCCCCUUCGUGUUUGCGGAGGUCAAUGCCGACAAGGUGAGAUGGGUAGUCGGUUCCGAUGGGUCAAAGCAAAAAUCUUUGAGCAGCACCAGGCAGGUGGGGUCUAAUAUCAGCACCAAGGCUGUGGGCGCUAACGCACGCGAGGACGUCACACACCUCUACAAAUACCCUGAAGGUUCUAAAACAGAAAGAGAUGCAUUUGCCAGAGCGGUCCAUAAAAGGAAUGGGAUUUCAGACAUUACUCCUAAUGGUCCUGAUGCACCUAAACCACCAGCCUCUGGGGUCAUUGAGCUGUCUAUCAAGCUGCAAAAGACACCGGUGAAUGGGGAAGACAUCACCUUUUACCUGCACAUCGUCAAUAAGAAUCAAAGCUCCAAGAACCUAUCGAUCACCACCAUUGCCCAGGCCUUGCGACACAACGGACGUCCCGAAGAUCCAUGCUGGAAAAACACCCAGACCAUAAAGAUCGGAGCAAACGGAGAGACAAAGGUCACUCUUCUGGUACCCUAUUCGAAAUAUGGAGCGUCCAUGCUCGAGAACGAUAUAGUCAAACUGACAGCCGUUGCGAACGAGGAGGGCAGCAAUGAAAUGCACAUGACAGAGAAGGACGUCCUGGUUACAAACCCAACGCUCAGCAUUGAGGUAAAGGGAACGGCAGUACUGCAUCAGGAGAUUAAGGCUGAAAUAACAUUCACUAACACUUUAUCCGAGACCUUGAGAAACUGCCUUUUGACACUGUCUGGGAUUGGUCUGAUCCGGACAAAAUAUGAAAUUCCUAUCCGUACAGUGGGUCCGAAUAACUUGGUGAGAGUGACCAUCCCCCUCACACCCACCAAGCCUGGCUCGAGGAUGCUAACCGCAGAUUUCGACUGCAACCUCUUCAGGGACGUGAAAGCCUUCAAGACUGUGGAAGUGAAGCGUGCCUAUUAACUUCACUCUGGAAACACGCUUAAGAAAAAAUGAAAAAAAUGUCCAAAACA